AUGAACAAGAUGUUCCUCCGCCAGAUUCUCAUCCGAAUCGCCAUCGCCGCCGCGUUGUUGAAGAUCUUCAGUAUCUUCAGGCGCCAACAUGCCUUCCAAGCCUACAUCGAGCGCCGCAAGAUCACCUUCGAUGACUUCCCUGAGUCUUACGCUAAGGCUCUGAACGAUUCCGUAGCGCGCAACGAGCAACCUCUGGAGUCCGACUAUGUCUCUACCUACACCGGAUCGAAGAUCCCGCGCACGAUACACUACAUAUGGUUUGAGAGGAUAUAUCCAAACCAUGAAGGCUCUAGCGGAGGCCCAUCUAUUGGAUUUGGGUCGCCAAAACUCUGUCGCGAGCACAACCCCAGUUACGAAAUCCGCAUGUGGAAUGCAACGAGCGCUCGCGAGUUCCUGUCCAACGAGUACGCUUGGUUUCUACCGACAUACGAUGGUUACAGAUAUCCUAUCCAAAAGGUCGACGCCUUGAAGUACUUCGCCCUCUACCACUUCGGUGGCGUCUACAUGGACCUAGACGUCGCGUGCCGACGCUCACUAGACCCCUUGUUGGACUUCCCAGCCUGGUUCCCAGAAGCAUCGCCACUGGGCGUCAACAACGACUUGAUGGCAUCAGCGGCGAAGCACGCGGUCGUGAAGAAGAUGACAGAAGGCCUUGUCACACAUAACUGGAAUCUACUUUUCCCGUACCUCACAAUCUUCUGGACAACUGGACCGCAAUUUACGAGCACAAUCUUACAGGAAUGGUUCGAGGAGUGUCCUGAUGGGCAGUGUAAACAGUGGAAGGCACGGAAUGAUCUUGACCCCACCUCCUUCCUCGUUCUACCGCGAAUCUUCUACUCGGAAGAGUACACCUUCUUCGGCCAUAAACCCGGCGGUUCAUGGCAUGGCUCGGAUGUCGCUGUGGUGUUGUGGUUUGUUGACCGCCCAUGGGCAAUAGCAAGUGUUGCUGCGGCCUUGAUUGGAAUAAGUGAGGAGGACAAGGGCUCGCCAGAGAGUGAAGGUCCAUAG